ACCUCACACGUGCGCCCAAAGGUGACAAUGCAAUAAAUUAAAGUAGUUAAAGACUUAAUUUGAAAAUCCUCAAACAACCUAUUUUUUUGACUUUCAGACCAAAAACAAACAAAUCUAUUCAUAAAUCAACCUUAAAUUUUAAGGUGGUAAUUAAUUAAUUAAUGCAAUCUACCAAAAGCAGGUUUCAUAAUCAGGCCUGUUUUUUUUAGCACAUAGGAUUUCAAAAAGCAGUGUUUCGAAAUAUUAUAUAUAACCCGAAAACUUGUUACAAUAUUUGUAGCAUAUAUUUCUUCUAAGAAAAAAUGGGUGAAAUUGUUUAUAUUAAAGAAUUUUUAUUGGCAUUUUUGUUGUUUCUAGGUUUUCGUGCAUGGAGGAAUCGCGGAAGCGGCCUAAUCUGGAACUGGCCUUUGAUCGGAAUGUUGCCGGGACUUCUGCUUAACGUUGGACGAAUCCACGAAAUUUGCACGGAGGUCCUUCGAAAGUCCAGACGCGGGACUUUUCAUUUCCAGGGGCCCUGUUUUGCAAAUAUGGAUAUGUUGUGGACUGUUGAUCCUGAAAACAUCCACUAUAUCAUGACUUCCAACUUUCGGAAUUUCCCGAAGGGACCGGAAUUCCGGGAGAUUUUCGACGUUUUAGGAGACGGGAUUUUCAAUUCGGACGAUGAUUCCUGGAAGGAUCAGAGGAAUGUUUCCAGGGCCCUGAUAACUCACCGGAGUUUCCACCGGUUUCUGGCGGUGAUCAGCCGUGAGAAGGUGGAGAAGGGCCUGAUUCCGGUUCUUGAAAAGGCGGCGUUGGAGAAUCGAGUUCUUGAUUUGCAGGAUUUGUUUCAGAGGUUUACUUUCGAUUCGAUAUGUCAACUCGUCACCGGUUAUAAUCCAGGGUGUUUGUCGCUGGAUUUAGCUGACGAUGUUCCUUUCUCGAAAGCGAUGGAUGAUGUCGAGGAGUCGAUUUUCGUGCGACAUGUUUUGCCUGAAAAGAUAUGGAAGCUACAACGGUGGCUCGGAGUUGGUGGAGAAAGACGAUUGAGCAAAGCUUCGGAAAUCUUGGAUAGUUUUAUAAUUAAAUAUAUAGCCAUGAAAAGAAACGAAAUAUCGAGAAAAAAUGGCGAUUGGAAUAUAGAGAAUGAAAACGGUGAAGAUUUGUUGACUGCGUACAUGAAUCUCGGAGAUCGUGACGAUGACAAGUUCUUGAGGGACACUAUUUUGAAUCUAAUGAUUGCUGGGCGAGACACGACGAGCUCUGCUCUGACGUGGUUCGUGUGGCUCGUCUCUACACAUCCACAAGUCGAAAACAAGAUCCGAGAUGAGAUAAAGACGAUUAUACCCUCGGGCGAAAGGCGAGGUUUUUUCAGCGUGGACGAGACAAAGAAGUUGGUAUACUUGCACGGAGCGCUCUGCGAAGCACUGCGACUGUAUCCACCGGUCCCGUUCCAGCACAAGGAGCCGGUAGAACCGGACACUCUCCCGAGCGGGCAUUUCGUGCACCCGAAGAUGAAAGUGUUGUUCUCGUUGUACGCGAUGGGGAGGAUGGAGUCAAUUUGGGGAAAAGAUUGCUCGGAGUUCAAGCCAGAGAGGUGGAUUUCAGAGGGUGGCCGUUCCGUCAGACACGAGCCCUCGUACAAGUUCUUGGCGUUCAAUGCGGGCCCGAGGACUUGUUUGGGGAAGGAAGUGGCUUUCACUCAAAUGAAAGCAGUGGCCGCCGCCUUAAUCCACAACUAUCGGGUUCGGGUGGUCGACGGCCACCGUGUGGUGCCGAAUUGUUCGAUCAUACUAUAUAUGAGGGAUGGAUUGAAGGUUAGGGUUGCUAGUAGAUGGUCUACUAAUUAAAUGAAAUAUUUGUGUUUGUUUUGCUUGCUUAUCUGCUAUGAUUUCUAGAAUGGUGGAAUUGGAAUAUGAUUUAAUAAAUUUUUAAUUUUUGGAAUAUGAGACAAUAAAUUUGAAAUUUAAUCCCAAAUUAGAAUAUCCUAGUCUAAUUUUAAUUAAAUAAUCCUAGUUUGAACUGCUCACC